AUGGUCAUCAUGUGGUCCACGCACGUCACUCUCCUGUACCUCAUCGAGAUCAACGAUGGGUUCGAGCAGGCCUACUGGCUGCAGUACUUCGCACCCACUUCCAAGAAGGUCGCUUGGGCUGUGCUGGCCGAGGUCCGGAUACCUCUCUGGAAGCAGCGUAUGCGCUGGUCCGUAGCCUUCCGCAUGUCGACGCUGCGCCUCAUCGCCUUCAACUACGACCUGUGGGAGGCCACGCACGCCGCCGCACGCGCGCGCGACCGUGCCACGGCGAAGCACGACACCAGCUGCGUCGAGUGCGCGCAGCUGCGCGAGCAGAACGCAGCGUCGGCGGCCGCGCUGCCCGCCGAGGCGUCGCGCUGCUACAAGUACCGCACCGAGUACGCGCGCGACCCCGCCGACUACAACUUCCUGAACUACGCCGCCUACGUGCUGUUCCCGCCACUGUACCUUGCCGGGCCAAUGUCGUCCUUCAACGCAUUCGUGUCGUACAUGCGCGUGCCGAGCACAUCGAUGCCGCUGCGCAAGAUGGUGAGGUACGCGCUCAGCAUCCUCCGCAUCUACAUGACGGAGUACACGCUGUUGCACUUUGUGCACAUCCCAUGCCUCGGCUCGUACGCCUUCGUGAUCCUUCGGAUGACCUUGCUGGAGCAGGCGCACUUCCUGUUCUACAUGCUGGCCUACAUGUGGCUGAAGUUCAGCUUUAUAUGGAAGUCGUCGCGUCUCUUCGCCAUGCUCAGCGGCAUCGAUGUUCCGGAGGACAUGCGGCGCUGCUUCGGCAACACGCUGACGGUGCGGGGCUUCUGGCGCGACUGGCACGCCUCCUUCAACCUGUGGAUCGUGCGGUACAUGUACAUCCCGAUGGGUGGCCGCAGCCGCGUCGCGCUGUCGGUGCUGCCCAUCUUCCUGUUCAUUGCGGUGUGGCACGACCCGGCGCUGCACCUUGUCAAGUGGGCGGUGUGCAUUGCCGCGAUGUUCGUGGCGGAGGUGGCGGUGAGCGGGCGUUUUGGGUGGGCCGCUGCGGCGUUCCGGCACGAGAUGGCCGCCGCGGCACCGCAUUCAACGAGAGGAGCGAGGAUGAACAGUCAGCACUCUUGCCGUAUUUCUAUCUUUGCCUCGAAGACGUACUUUUUCGGCUGA